UGGAUUUGAAAGCUUUCCACCGCCUUUAAGCCCACUGUCCUCCCUCCUUCCCUCCUUUGUUUGCAGUCUUGCUUCUGCAUAGGCGAUUAUUGUCCGUCAAGCUAUCACCAAUGUUCAAACCUACAGUUCCAGCCUGGCGAAUACGCAGCGCUAUUAGCGGUAUUCCAUCAAAGAACGCCCUCAUCUUGGGGGAGCGAACAAUUCUUACGAGACCCACCAUCCUUCUUACCGCAACAGGACGACAAGAACCGUCAUACUUUGCACGCCAUAUUACAUCUGCAUCAACAUCUCGCUCGUCCAAUCCUGCACUUUCUUUCCCAUGCCUUGAACGCAAUGCUGAGCGGGAACGCUCGCUUGACGGUGGACCAGAACCAGCAUAUGACAAGAUUGUUUCUGGCUAUUCAACAUACCAUCACAGUGAACCCUUCAAGUUUGUACACGGCGGCGUGCUACCCGAGUUUGACAUUGCUUAUGAGACGUGGGGAACACUGAAUGCCGCCAAAGACAAUGCUAUUUUGCUGCACACAGGAUUAAGUGCUAGCAGUCACGCUAAAAGUCAUGAGAAGAAUACGAAGGAUGGGUGGUGGGAGAAGUUUAUAGGUCCUGGAUAUCCCAUUGACACCAACAAAUUCUUUGUAAUAUGUACGAACGCCCUCGGAGGAUGUUAUGGGUCAACUGGGCCAUCCAGUAUUGACCCAUCCAAUGGCGAGCGAUACGCGACCCGAUUCCCGAUUAUCACCAUCUUUGAUAUGAUUCGGGCACAAUUUAAGCUUCUUGACAGUCUUGGUAUUCAGAAGCUGCAUGCUAGCGUUGGGAGUUCAAUGGGAGGAAUGCAAUCUCUAGCGGCUGCCGCCUUGUUCCCGGAACGCGUUGGGCGAGUAGUAUCCAUUUCAGGAGCAGCUCGAUCACAUCCCUACUCCAUUGCGCUGCGUCACACCCAACGGCAAGUAUUGAUGGCUGACCCUAACUGGAGAGAGGGAUUUUACUAUCAAGGAGUACCGCCUCAUGUUGGUAUGAAGUUGGCACGCCAAAUUGCAACCAUCAGUUAUCGGUCUGGCCCGGAAUGGGAGCAGCGAUUUGGAAGGAAACGAGCGAAUCCUGACCAAACACCCGCGUUGUGUCCAGAUUUUCUCAUUGAGACAUACUUGGACCAUCAGGGAGAGCGGUUUUGCCUCCAGUAUGACCCAAAUUCCCUCUUGUAUAUUUCAAAAGCAAUGGACAUGUUCGACAUGAGUUAUCCGCUGCCACCUGACCCUAACGUGCACAGUCCGGAGUGUCACCAGCAAACGCAACACAAACCGGUUGACUGCCCCAUCUCUCACCCAUCCCCCCAUCAGCCAUUGUCGUCAACAACGGCGUCGCCCUCAGAUCGCGCUGCAUUGGUUAAAGGUCUGUCACCUAUUACGAUGCCGACAUUGGUUCUGGGCGUGCAAUCGGACAUCCUAUUUCCAUAUUGGCAGCAGAAGGAAAUUGCAGAUUGUUUAAAAGAAGCCGGUAACCGCAAUGUAACCUACUACGAACUUGAUGCCAUGUAUGGACAUGAUACAUUUUUGAUCGACCUGGUCAACAUUGGAGGAGCUGUGAAGGGACAUCUGGAAAACGUGGUUACCGUGUAAUUUGGGGGAAUGUAGAAUAGGCAAUUGUGACGUCUAGUGUAGUGCUAAUCAUAGCUUGGUACAGAGGCCAGUUAGCGACUAGUUAGCGACAUUCCGUAUAUUCCUUGUCAUGUGCAAGUAAUGUGUCCUUAUUGGGUCGUUAUUACAUUAUUAAUUAGAUCGACUGUUGCCAUAUCAACCAUCA